AUGUUUAAAAGUCUCCGAGAAUUGGUGACGAAUCCAAGUCGUGAGGGGAUUUUGUCCGCUGCUAGAAAUGCUGUCGCUGAAUUCACACACAGACAAGAAGGACCACAACCACAGAAGAUUAUAAAACUAAGUCCAAGCCGAUUUGAAAAAAUGCUAAAGUUGGAUAAUCUUAAAAAUGUCUCCUGCCAUUCGGAAACCGUCGACGGCACAGCUGUUUUUCAUUCGGUAUACAUUGCAGGCCAUUUGUCCUUAACUAACAGCAAUGACGAGAAGGAGAUACGGAUUUUGUGCAGCAAAUUGGAUAUUCUCAUUAAUUCUGUGGAAGCUGGUAGAGAUCGUAACCUGGUCUUCCUCGAAGAUGGAUCAAAAUUAAUCACAACUAUCAAUCUACUAGCGCUUUCAAAAAGUAAAACACUGAGUGGUGAUUGUUUCACCUCUUUGAUGAAUGUAGUAUCCAGUGAACCUGAAUGGGAAGCAAUUCAUUAUGCUGCUGCUUGCGGAUUUUUGGGAUUCCUGAAAACAGCGUUGGAAAAGGAUCGCCAAGUAGUACUCGGCUUCGCAACUCAGGAUGGUGACUUCCCGAUACACAUAGCUGCAAAAUGGGGUCAAGUUGAAGCCGUACGGGUACUUCUCGAGAACGGUGCUGAUUUAUGCCAGAGAGAUGCUAUGGGACGCACGGUAGUACAUUGGGCUGCUGCCAACAGUGCUUCAGCUCUCAAGGAUUUGUCCAAUGAAACAUCGUUCGGUAAAGCUGUAACGGUACAAGACGAGCAUGGAUUAACACCACUUGCUCUCGCUAUACGAAAUGCGAAUUUCGAAUCCACAAAGAUUCUCAUGGAAUCUGCUGCGACUGCAAUACCAGCCGGCUCAUAUCCGUUAUUGACCGUACUGAUGGGAUUGGAAUACAGUGAAGCUUUGGGAAAUUGUCUCGAAUUGGUUAUUACUAUACAUCCAUCCGUUGUUGAACAGGUAGACGAAAGCGGAAAAAGCGUCUUGCACUUGCAGCUCAGCAAAAAGGUUCUGAUGAAAAUACUAAAACAUAGCAUUGGAAACAUCAAUAUAAAUCUGAAAGAUGCUGACGGUCAAACACCUCUUCACCUGGCCGUCAACAGAGGCGAUGUUGGGUCUGCUGUUGCUCUUCUUUCCUACGGUGCUGAUGUUAAUUGUUCGGACAAAAAAGGCGUGACCGCACUAAUGAAAGCUGUUCAGGUUGGUCAUCUUGAUCUGGUGAAAUUGUUACUCUUGUUCGAUGCGGACCUCAGUGCCAUGAACGCAACCGGAGAGUCUAUUCAUGAUAUAAGCAAAUCUUCGAGAAGAAGAGCGGACGUGGAGAGUAUAUUGGCUGUAAUGGACCCGCCGCAAACCUCACCCUCACCUGCCCAAGCAAAAUCACCAUGGGACCAUCUCCAGGAUGCUGCAAUACACGCUCAAAAGGAGAGCAAGGAUGAACUUGGUACACGAAUUAAUCUUUUAUCGCUGGACGGUGGUGGAAUUCGAGGACUCGUUGUGAUACAGAUGCUGGCAGAGAUCGAAAAGAAGUUCGGCACUGAUUUGUUAUCGGCAUUCGGCUGGUUGGGUGGAACCAGCACCGGAGCGAUUCUGGCCUUAGCUCUAAGUCAAGGGAAAAGCAUCGCACAUUGUCGUUCGAUGUACUUCCGUCUUAAGCAUUGUCUCCGGCGCCUUACUGACUAUGGUCGCAUAGGCGGGCAAAGCUCGCUGCUACGGAGGACCUCAGUGUGUUUUUGGGCCUCACGCUUGAUGGCUUCUGUAGAUGAGCUCUUUUGUGGCGACCGACCUUAUAGCGGUACGAAUUUGGACUCAUUCCUUCGUUCUGAAUUCGGAGAAACCACAACUCUAGCCGACAUAACAUCGAAAAAGGUCAUGGUUACCACUUGCUUGGCGAAUGUGUGUCCACCUCAGUUGAAGCUACUUCGUAACUAUCAACUACAAAUUUCUGAUGUGGAGAACACCCACAUGGGGUUCAACUUGCCGAAAAACGUGUUAUUACGUGAAGCUGCCCUGUGCUCCAGUGCUGCUCCCACAUAUUUUCCACCAUUCGAUAAAAAGUACGUAGAUGGUGGUCUGUUAGCAAAUAAUCCUUGUCCUCAACUUCUCACUGAUGUCCAGCUCAUGAACGCUAGUCUGAAAAUGACGGGAAAACCGGAGCAGUGCUAUCGGAUCGGAUGUGUUGUCUCUCUGGGAACUGGAAGAGUUCCAGAAGCAGCUGUUGAAUCCCUCGAUCUUACUGUUCCUAAAUCCUUUGUGGAUUUUGCAUUGGAUUUCCAGAAUAAACUCUCACUUAUCAGCCAUUUGAAGAACUUACUUCUUGAUCAGAUUGGUAGGGCGGAUGGGACCGUUGUUGAGUCUUCAAGAGCUUGGAGUUCUUGCAUUUCUGCACCAUUCUUCCGAUAUUCUCCGAAGCUAAGCUUUGCGGUUGAAUUGGAUGAAACGGAUGACAUUAAGUUGAUUAACAUCAUGUGGGGAGCCAAGGUGUAUAUGAAUGAGGAGAGCGCUUCAGUUGGGCAGUUGGUUGACCUACUAAAAACGUGUACGAGUUAG